AUGUGGAAUGUAGUCGACUUACGCCUCACUCACUUCGCGCCUGGACUACUCGUCCCUCUCUCAUCCUAUCCAGCACUCAUCUCCGGCUUCUUACUACUCUAUGCAUCUAUCUACACGCACACAAUCACAGCACAAUCUCUACAGGCUCAGUGCACCUUGACACGCCUCGUGCUUGCUCCUCCAGCUAUCUUGCUAUUCUGGAACUUUGGGUUUAACGCUUCCUAUAACGCGCCUGGCGUACAAGUCGCAGUUGGUAUGGCCGUCGUUGGGUUGUAUGGAAUCAUGAGGGUUAUCGAUACGUGUAUCGUCCCUUUGAUUGACCCAAUUCCAUCUGUUUGGAUAAGGAAAGAAGAGGGAGUACCGAUGCCAAUUCCUACGAGUACGAAGGAGCGUCUCAUCUAUACGUUCGACCUUGCGACUUCUUUACGUGGAACAAGUUGGUUUUCAGACCGCCAUUGGAAUUGGGUUCCAAGUCCUUUGGUCAACGCCUCGACGACUCAUCUAACACGUAGAGCAUACCUUUCAACCACCCUCCUCUCAUUCGUCGUACAAUACCUCUUCAUGGACGUCAUAGACUCAAUCAACAAGUCACGGACUUGGGACAUCACACAACGAUAUCCAAUCACGUCACUUCCCUUCCCCGAACAAAUGGUAUUCGCAAUCUGCGUAUGUGGGAGCACGAUACUCUCCAUAUCCGUAAUGUACACUCUCGUCGCGCUCGUAGCCGUUUCACUCGGUUCCUCACCCGUAAAUUGGCCACCGAUGUUUGAUCGACCUUUUCAUUCGGGUAGUUUGAAGGAGUUUUGGUCGAGGAGGUGGCAUGCGAUUUUUCGUCGUGUUUUUACGCGGGUUUCCCUCCUCUUACUCCUACCAAUUCCGAAGAAAUGGCAAAGUGUGAGGAUCUUUAUACGUAUGCUGAUUAUCUUCGUGCUAUCAGCGGGUAUGCACGUUAUGCUAAUGUACCGUCUCGAACGCGAACCGUCAAGUCAUACACACGCUUCCUUGGUACAAAUCUUCACCGACCCAUCGAUUCUGGCGUUCUUCCUUCUUCAACCAGUUGGUCUUGCCGUUGAGGCUUUAGUCGUUCUCCCUCUUGUCUCUAGUGUACCAACAGCAAGGAGAGAGAAAGAGGAGAAAGACCGGAAACUGAAUUGGAUUGGUAUGGCGCUGAUGCGAGUGUGGUCUUGGGGAUUCAUGCUUUGGGCUGGACGAUUUUGGAGCGAUGCGUGGGUGAGAAGAGGAUUUUGGGAGGAGAGAGAGCAUGUUGUUGGGUGGAGUCUUGUAAGGGGUGUUUUGAAGGGGGAGUGGAAGGCUUAAAGCUACUUAAUGUAUAGUAGAUCUAUACUCGUAAUAUGGUGGUGGAAUGGAGAUACAUGUC